CGUGAAGCUCCGCCUGCAGACUCGGUAGUCUAGUCUUGCUAGUCCAUGUUUCCUGUUGGCAGACUCGUUCAGCUGACGCUGGUUAAGAAAACAUUUGAAUUGUCAAAGUCAACGUCGGACCUACUUCCAGUCACGUCACUAAUUUAAAGUGUUUGCAUAUUAUGGUUUAAUACAUAGCCCUAAGUGGAACUGUUUGUGUGUGUUUGCAAUGGGUAAUUCAUGUGACCACUCUUUGAGGAUCCUGCCAGGUAAAGGACCGCACCAAGUAGGAUGCACAGACCUGAUGGUGGGCCACACGGUUCAGGGGACAUUCUUUAGACUGUACUAUCCAUGCCAAGCAUCAGAGAAUCCAAAGUUGCCAGACUGGGUCCCGUGUCGAGAGUAUUUCAAUGGUCUUGCAGACUUUUUGAAGAUGAACAGAGCACUGAGUGAAAGAAUUUUCAACUACCUCUUUGGGUCUUUUAAAAUCCCAGCAGCCUGGGAUGCCUCAUUUAAACCAGAUGGGAAAUAUCCUGUCAUUAUCUUCUCUCAUGGACUGGGAGCUUUCAGGACAUUGUAUUCAGCCAUAUGUGUUGAAUUGGCCUCACAGGGCUUCAUUGUUGCAGCUGUGGAACACAGGGAUGAAUCUGCCUCUGCAACAUAUUACUUCAGGGAAAAUACUGAGCCAGGAACAAGAAUACAUGCAUCAUGUGACAUUUCCAAGCCUGUGGCUGAUAAUCUGAAAGAAGAAUGGAUGUAUUACAGGCAACUGAAACCAGGCGAGAAUGAGUUUCCUCUAAGAAACAAGCAAGUGAAGCAAAGAGCUGAUGAAUGCAUCAGAGCCUUAAAUAUUCUCUUUGACAUCAACUCAGGAAAGUCUGUGGAAAACGUCUUACAGUGUCAAUUUGAUUUGUCAACAAUGGAGAAUUCAAUGGACUUGUGUAGAAUAACGGUUAUGGGACAUUCCUUUGGAGGUGCAACAGUGAUUGAAUGUUUGUGCAAGGAGGUCAAAUUCAAGUGUGGUGUUGCAUUGGACUCCUGGAUGUUUCCUUUGGAUGAGGAGAUCUUCCCAAGAGUGAAGCAGCCAAUCUUUUUUAUUAAUUCUGAGAAAUUCCAAUGGAUUGGGAAUAUAAUCCAAAUGAAGAAACUGGACUCGGCCAUCAUUCCCAGAAAAAUGAUAACCAUCAAGGGAGCAGUCCAUCAGAGUUUCACAGAUUUCACAUUUCUUACUGGAAACUGGAUUGGAAAGCUCAUGAAGCUGAAAGGAGAGAUUGAUCCACAUGUAGCCAUGGAUCUGUCCAACAAAGCAACUUUGGCUUUUCUUCAACGCCAUUUAAAUCUGGAAAAAAACUUCAAUCAGUGGGAUCCUCUAAUUGAUGGAAAAGAUGAUAACUUGAUUCCAGGCACCAAUAUAACUUUACCACAGUCAUCCGUUUAAUCCAGUUACAUGGAACAAAUGGAGAAAAAAAAGGUUACAUGUUUGAGAAAGGCCUAAUUUAAUCUAGAAUAAUCUAUCAUUGGCAUUUUUAUUAAGGAAACCAUUUAUGACUGCUGUGUACGAUUGAUUUGCACUAUGGAUUUGAAAGUGAUCUGAUGUAAAUUUUAUGUGGGGAAAAACUACAACCUACUCAGGAUGACUCAUGGAAGCUACUACAAGCCAACAGCCACACACUUUUCAAAGCAGAAGUGCAAUAUAUUAUUUUAAAAUUUUGAACAUCUCCCGUCCUUUGUCCCCUGCCUUAAUGUGUUUUUAGUUAUGUAAAGCUGAGAAAUUGGGUAUAUAUAAGAAACGUUUUCCACAUUGUUGACUAUGUUGGUUUCAAGGAGGCAGUUAGCAGACAACCAUUGAUGUAUAUAUACACAGUGCCACAGAUAUAGCAUACAUGUGUGUUGCCCAAAGAGCAAGAACACUUAUAUAACUUUAUGGAGCACAUCAUAGUCUCAGAUUUUUUAGAUUAUCUCAUGAUCUGCAACUCAAACUUCUGAUUUACAAGUCAAAGAAAUGAAAAUGUUUACACUACUAAUGUUUUGUUUAAGAAAUGCAGUAUGAAAUUGUACAAAUCUUUGUAUGUAUUUGAGAUUGUUUAUUAAACAGAAUAUCUUUG